UUUCUUUCUUUUUUCAUUUGCGUAGAAAGUGAGAUCGAGUAAAAUGCGAAAGGGAUCUUGUCGAGAAACAUUUGUUUGUUUCUUCCAACAUAUGAUAAAACGGACUCUUUUUGUUCACGUUGCAGAUUUAGAUAAUGGCCUUCCAAUUGGACGAUUUACUAAAGGACGAUAAAAAAGAUGCGAAUUUGAUACCUGAUCUAAGUAAAGCAACUUGCAAUUCUUACGAGGAAUUCCGGCGACUCAAGGAAAAUUGUCCGGAGUUUAAGAUCAAACCAGAAAAGGUAAAAAGAGAGGAGACGAAGGUUCGCGACAAAGAAUUUUCUUGGAAAGCGACCAAGAAGGAACUUAAAAAUAUCGGCAGAGAAUGGGCUUAUGGAGAUCCAGUUCCACCAGAUAUGAGGGGAUUGGAUCUGCAGGAGCUGCAACAAGUCGCCAUCGAUUGGCGAAUGUUAACUCCAAUCAGACCAAAGCUCCGUCAAGACGAAGAAAUGUUCUCGAAAUUGGUGGAGAUGGGUAAAUUAGAGGCGAAGACCAUAGCGAAAGAACGCCGCUCGCCAACGAGCCCUAUAAGACGAAGUAAAAAUCGUGCGGGGAUCAUUGAGAGCAGCGUGAAAACCUGCAGAGAAUGUGGUGAGGAAUAUUGUUUCAGCGAAUUUUGUGGGGACGUUCUCUAUGAUUCCUUCACAAGGGUGACGAUCGCCAUCCAACAAUCGAAGAUUAAAAUAUCGGCGGACGCCGAAGCGAUAAUCGCCAACAUGGAUCGCAAGAAAAGGAAAAGAAAGAAAGGAAGGAAAAGAGUUAAAAGCAAGAGCAGAACGUCCAAGAAGUCCGCUAGGCUAUUGGUCAACAACAAGGCGAGAAGAUCAAUAACAGAAACUGAAAGCAAAAUUGUUAAAGCGAGAAAUAACGGAGAACAAGGAGAGAAAUCGGUGAAACAAUUUAAGAGAAAAUGUAGCAAAUACACUAAGAAAGGUCAUUUACGCAAAUAA